CAUGGGGGAAAUUAGAAUUUCAUCGCUUCAACUCAAAGACGUAAAUUGGCAGAUAUUUGAGGGGGGGGGGAUGAAGGGCUCGGAAUUUCCGUUUGUCAAAGGUAAAUUAUACACAGCCCCCCACAGCCCCCCACACCCCCUCCCAGUUCGCAAUAUUUAAGUAAAUAUUUCGCAAUUCAAUGGAGCAUUUGCUUUGCGAAGAAUAUUCGAAUUGAUUGUUUCAAAGAAUGCCAUCAAACAGAGAGUCGCAAUGGUUGCAUUGUUGAUAGCCUGGUGGAUGGCCUUCUAUGCUACAAAUGGUUGGAAUACGAAGAAUUCCUUGAGACGAUGUUUGUCUUGAUAUCAAAUAAACAUCUUUGAUCAUCAGGACAAACAAUCAGAAAGAAACUCAAACAAAUUUUUAAUACGCUUUUGAGUUACAAAGGAUCUUGUUUAGCUAGUGGCAAAGAGAAAUGUCAAGAAGUCAAUUGAUGUUAGUGAUAUUAAAGUAACAAGCUGAGCAUGGCAAACGGGCGUUUCCAUCUUCACGUGAAUGGUACCAACUACAUUAUCACCGGAACAAAAAAUGAAAGAUCCUAUAAAGAUAUUCUUUGCACGAUUGCUAAGAAAAAUGACUCUGAAACAGACAUGAACGAUGACCAGUCAGUUGAAAUAGUGAAAGUGAAGGCAAAGAAGACAAGACUCCAGUCAUCGUGUAACAGAGACAUGUUGAAGAAAAACAAAAGGAAAAUGGCAAAUGCUGCUCUCAGCUUGACCAAAACUAGUCAAGGUGGGGCGAGCUGUAAGAAGAAUGUCAAGAAGCGAAAACAAGAAAAACGAAAUCGAGAGGCUGAUAAAGAAUACACAAUUGAAGAUUCGGAUACAGAAACCUUUCAUCAACGGCGUACAAAGAUGAAAUGUUUGAUGGCAGCUAGAUUGAAAGAUGGACUCGACAAAAUUAUGCCUAAUCAUACAAAAACUGCUUAUAUGAGUUUACUUCAAAAGACCGCAUCAAAAAAUCAAUUUGGAGAACAAUUAAGUCAUUUUGACAAAAUAUCAAUAUAUGCUAUCGAUGAAACAUCUCUUAAAAGAGCUUUUAGUGAAAAUGUCAUCAAAGAUACUGAGUGUGAUGGACCUUCAAAAUGUAUAGCAUCUUUUCAAUGUGAGGCAAACCAGUCGAGACGCUCGAACCAGUCAACAGAAGAAGUUGUUCCAGAUGAUAAAGACAGUGGAGUUCCGUCCUUAGAAUCGGAAGAUCAAUUGCCAAAGGAUGAAAUUCGGGCGGAACAACGGACUGCUGACAAGAAAAUGAAGCUUUCAUCUUGUGAAGCAUUUCAGAUAAACAGGAACCUCACGCAAGAAUCAAGAUAUGUAUGUCCUUGCAUGCACCGUGUGCAUGAACAAAGUUCAACCACUCCCCGAAAACAGUUGACUUUUGGCGGCCAAGCAAAAACAGAGCUAAGUUCUUGCGGACAUCGAAGAGGCCGAAAUAAUGACAUAAAGCCUAAAAGUGAUGGGGAAUAUUUACAAAGUUUUUAUCAUAAUCUUUUUCUGACUUUCCAUGGCAUUUGCAAUAAAGAUGGCAAAGAGGAAAUAGAGAAGACGCAGAAAACUGUUUUGUAUUGCCAAAAACAAGAUCUCGACAAGGGAAUUAAAACGAUCUGUAAUUCUACAGAAAUCACAAACACAAAAGAACAUUUGAAAAAGGAAUGCACAGUAGAAGAACAAGUUGAGAGGCACAUCGUGUCAGGAAAGAAAAGCAUUCGUGCAUCUAAAAGUAAACGAAGAGAAGAUAUUUCCACUAACAGCAAUAGUUUUAAACUUGAAUCAAAAUUGAAAACUAUAGCAAAUCCAACAGUUUGCUUGCAAAAACCAGGAGAUCAUGGAAAAUUGGACGUGACCGUGGCAGGAUUGAAAAAUGACAUUGAAGUUUUCAAAAGCGAAAGUGCCGCUGAAGAAGAAAGACAGAGCACGAGAUGCCAGGGAUGCCAUGGAAAUACCAAACAGCAUACGACAUUAAAACCAGAAUCUGUGAAAACAGAACUAAAUGUGGGACAAGCUUGGUCAAGAAACGUUAGAACCUCUGUUGGUUUGAAAGAGUUGUACCUUGCAAAUAGUGAUAGUCUCAUAGAAGACUGUCGGGUUUCAGGUAAUGAAGUUGAUGCUCAGCGCCCUAUGAGGAAAGAUAUUGCAUUAGAAGAAAUAAACCAGUUAGUAGAGAAUCUUUACAUGAGAUCUGAAGAGAGGAAGCCAAUCCUAGAGACACCGAAGUCAGAAUGUGGAGACAAGGAAAUAGGGAAAAGGGAACAUCAAUUUUGUGAAAAGGAAGAAAACAUUAAAAAGGGAUCAGCAGCACACGACAGAAGCAAAAAAGGCUCAAUGCAAGAAAUUACUAAAAUAUUAGAGGUAGCAAAGGGACUACCAGGAGCUGUUCCACCUGGAAAUGAUUUGAAAACGAAGGAGGAGCUGGAUACGGACAUAGAGAAGCAGCUGAAUAGGUUUCAGGGGUCUUCGAUUAUAUGUACUAAAGUAAAUGGCUGGGAUGAAAAUAACAACGAAAUCGGAAACAGACCAUUGUCUAUGGAGCAUAAAUCAGAAGGUAUGCUAAAUGUUGAACAUGAAUGUGAAGGAAAUGAUGAAUUUGGUCACAAUUUAUCAGAGGACACAGAAAGAAAAAACAUUUGGGACAGAUACAUUUCAGUGUGCCAAAGCAUUGUUGAGAUUUCUGAAAGGCUUCUUUAUUUUGACUUACUGUAUGAGCAGCUGACAAUGGAAAUAACCCAAAUUGAGAUGCAAGAGAACCUGGUUGAUAACGACACAUUGGAGUACGACGAGCAAAUGAUUAUCCAAGAAAUAAUAGGAUUUAAAAAGAAUCUCAAAGAAAUAACUUUAUUGUCAAGAAGACAAGGAAAAGAGCUACUCGAGAAUAGAAAGGAACUUAUCAGACUGGAUACAAUCUUAAAAGAACGAAAGUCAAUUCUAGGAAAUUUACAAGAAUUUGUUUUCGUAAAAAGAAUCCAAUCUGCACCUCGUCAACUGCGAAAAAGUCACGCAAAAAAAAGAAAAAUCCCUAACAAAUAAAUGUUUUCACUGGUAAAGUUCGCAUUUGAAGGUUUAAAGUGAAUGCAAAUGAGGAAUAAUGUAUCAAGUAUGAUUUGAACUUGUCUACUGUUCUAGCCAAAGCAGUACCUAAUCACUGCUAUGUUUUUGUUUAGUUCAUUAAAGCAUUUAUCUUUUUGA